ACUUAACACAAACCCCCCAUCUUCACUGAAUUUCUUCACCUUUCCUCUUCACUCAUCUGCCACCAUGUAUGACCCGCCAUACAUGUUUUUCGAUGCCUUCGGUCACCGCUUCAGUGACGGAACCGAUCCCAAACUACAGAGCUUCAAGACCCUUAAUGACGCCCCAAAAGACCUCCUCCCAUCCCUGACCGCCAAUGUAUCAGGACCAGAUCCGCUACUAGCCUGGCUCGACAACAACGACGCCUCCCUGAUAACCGAUCUUUUUCUCUUCCUUCUUCCAUUCCGUCCCCAAACUGCCCAACAAUGGUGCCCGCUCUUCGACAGACUCAGCCGCGAAGAAACAAACAUUCAAACAUUAAGAAUCUACUUCGAUGCAGACGGACCAUGGGGCACUAAGCCACCGUGGGAUAUUGAGGACCCAAUGCAUUACGGGAUGGGACAGAGCGUGGUGUUUAUCCGGGGAGUGGCGAGGUUGAAGGUACACAAGUCUCUGGAGAUUGAAGGGUUUUAUGCUGUGCAUUGGCCGGCGUAUUUGGAAGAACGGAUUGGGUUGAAACCGGUUGUUAAGGAGUAUGCUUAUGGGAGUUAUAAUGCGAGGGCGUUGAGGGAUUACCAGGAUGAGACUGUUAGGUUGAAUCCCUGGACCCAAACGAAGGAUACGCGUCCUUUCUUGGAUCUUGAUCCAUGGAGCUAGGAAUAUUCUGGGUUUUGAAUGACCAGCUGCGUAAAAUGUCAUCGUGGCUUUAGAUGAACGUUUGGCUCUUGAUAAACAUCCAGAUGUAUUUCUUCCUACUCUAGAUUUGGUUCAUGCACACUAGAAUGUAAAAGCGGCGGGGUCAACAGAUAUACAUAUGUAUAACGAGGUGUGUUGUAUUAGAUGCAACGUGACUGCCAAAUCAGGCGACUACACCUGCCACCAACUCAACUACUCAGCCUCACGAUCCUUUAUAUUUACCCCUCAAACC